AUGUGUCGUUAUUCACGUUUAUUAGGACGAAUUGAACAAAUUCCAAGUGAAACAACAACAACAACAACACAUAUUGACACUAACAAUACAACAACAAUUACCUGGAUGAAUGAUACUGGUAUUUCGGUGUGCUCUGCAAAUAUUCCAACUAUUGGUAAUCAAAAUAAUGCAUUAAGUAAUAUGCUUAAACGAUCAUCUGAUUUACUUAUUGAUGGUGUUGGAUAUGAGAAACGGGUUAAAUUGGAACAAAAUCAUCAAGAAGAUCAUAAGAAUGGUUUAAUUGGUAUAGCAGCAAAGAAAGAUAUAUCAGCAAUAAUGAGCGGAUCACCACCACGUAGUGCUACAACAGGUGUAACACGUGUAAACACAAUCGUGACAAAAGUUGACAUGUCAAAUGCUGCCGAUAAACUUGGGCAAACAACAUGGAAUGGGCAGUUAUCACGUACGACUGACAUACGUGAUCCUGUAUCAUCAGCUUCUGUUGAAACAACACAUCCGGUGGAUCCAGGACAUGAUGUACCAUCAACAUCGGUGGUUGCAGGUCAUCAACAACAGCAACAAACCGGUGUUACCGUUGCACCAUCAAUAAAUCUAUCGAAUUUAUCAUCCGUUAAUUCUUUAAGUGGUGAAUCAUCUGGACUUUCGAUUGGUGUACUUGCUCCUACCGGACGGAAUGAGCUAUCAUCAGCUGUUGCAGGUGCUACCGUUUGUACCACCAAUACGGAUAAUCGUGGAGCAACCGGUCCAUCAUCAGCACCACCACCACCACCGCCGCAACCACCUACAGCAUCUUUAAUUGAUCCAUUUCGACAAGCAUUUUUUGGUGGCACCAAUCUUGCUGCAUUGAAUGCUGCUGCUGCAGCUGCUGCUGCUGCUGGUGGUGGUAGUGGUGGUACCGGAUCAACAACCAUUGGUGGUGCCGAUUUUGGUAAUUUAUUUUUUUCUGGUGCACCACCGAAUGCUACAGCUGCAGCUGCAUUCCCAUUUCUUGCUGCACAAAUUCUACAACAACAACAAACACAACAAUCAAUGUCACUUGCUCAAGGUACCGUGCCUCCAACAACGCUUUCAGCAACAGCACAACCAUCAACCUCAGCUGCUGCUGCUGCUGCCGCUGCUGCAGCAUCAUCAAUUGGUUGUAUUCAAUUUCCACCCGGUACUGCACUUGGUUCACAACUUGCUAAUGCUGCAUUAUUAGGACGGACUUUACCUACCGCUGGUACACAACCAUUACCUAUAAAGACUAAACAAGGACGAUGGUGUGCAAUGCAUAUCAAAAUAGCAUAUGAAAUAUUAUCAAAAAAAGAGCGCCGUUCAACACCACAACCAUCAGUUGUUGCAGCUGCAGCUGCAGCUGCAGUAUCACAAAGUUCAUCAUCAUCAUCAGUAGCAGCAUCAGCAUCAUCAUCAGUAGCAGCAGUAUCUUCAUCGCAAAAUAAUAGUAAUAAUGCACCUACGAUGAGAGCAGGUGGUGUAACAGCUCCAUUCUGUCCACCUUCAACUUCAAAUGCUAAUAUGCCAAGUUUGGGUAGCGGAUUACCAACAUCAUUUCCUGCAUUAGCACAAUCUGGUGCUUUAUCAUCACCAUUUACUCUACCAUUUCAACAACUUCCUGAUUCUAGUAAAUUAGCUCGUCAAAGUGCGACACCAAAGCAAUCACAAGGUCGUUCGACAACAACAAUAAGUCGUAGUCCAACAGCUUCUGCAUUACAUUUGCAACUUGGUGGUGGUAAUACCGGUAGUGGUGCUGGUAGUCUAAUGGCACCAUCAAUGGCGGUAGCUGCGGCUGCCGCAGCUGCAGCUGGUGGCGCUAUGCCUCAGCUUCAAGGAUCUCUUCCAAGUGCCCUACCCGGCGUUCUUGGUUCAUCUUUACCUCUAGCGCCAAAUUUGCCUGGUGCUACCGCUUCCCUCACCAAUGGUACUAGUGAGGCAGCCGCACAAGCGGCUAUGUUUGCUGCAUUGCAAAAUGCCCAACAGAAUGCAGCUCUUCCGAAUGGUACCCUUUCAUCUACAGCGUAUCUGUUACCAUCUGCCGCUGCCGCAUCUGGUCAACCGCAUCCUCUUUCGGCAGUUACUUCACAGGCGCAGUCUGUUUAUUCAUCACAGCGAUUAUUUGAUCCCAAUAUGGCUGCUAUAUUACAGCAAAUGCAAUCAAUGGAAGCAUUGCGACAAUCAGCUGCAGCUGCGCAAAUGAGUUCUAAUGCUGCAACUGCAACCGGACCACAUGUUCCGGUUAGUGGUGCACCUCAACCACCACCACCAUCAUCUCUCGAUUUGGUGCGUAUGCAAAUGGAGCAACAAAUGAUGGAUCGUUAUAUGGUUGCUUUGAGCAAUACCUCAGGCAUAGGUGGUAACACAUCAAUGACACCAACUCCGAAUCUUGAACUCAUGCGACAACAACUUUUCGCUGCACAAAUGCGACAGCAACAAUCGCAACCAUCAUUGGAAGCACUACUUGAAAUGCAACGUCAACAGCAUCAGCAACAACAACAGCAACUUUAUAAUGUGUCUCGUGGUCUUCCAUCAACGUAUACUUUAACUGGAGCCGCACCUCCAGGUGGAAUUCCUGGACCGGCUGCGGCAGCAGGAUUGCCGCAAAGUCUUGGUGCUGCAGCUGGUCUUUUUAAUUCUAAUCUAAUGUCACUUGGUAAUGCAGCAGCUGCAGCUAAUUUACAACAGGCAUUAUACAGUGGCAAGAAUCCGUACUCCAAUACACUGGAGCAAUUAGCACGACAAAAGCGCGAGGAAGAUAUUAUGCAAUCGGGAGGAAGAUAG